AAUAAAAUAAAACAAAAACUAUCGCAAAUGCUAAGCCUUUGUAAUUCAAGUCGCAUAUUGUUCCGCACGGCAAAAACUCCUAUUAGAUUAGUUCAUCCUCUUUCAUCUCUUCCCUUGUUAUCCAAUCCCAACCCUACCCUCCUCCUUCCCCGUUAUUCUCAUACUUCAUUUAUCACUCUGCCAUUCAAACCACUUCUUUCCACUCCAUCCACUUUCACAACAUAUUGCACUAUGGCCACCCAAUCAAUCUAUGAUUUCACCGUUAAAGAUGCCAAGGGAAAUGAUGUUAAUCUUGGUGACUACAAAGGGAAGGCCCUUUUGAUUGUCAACGUUGCCUCCCAAUGUGGCUUGACUAAUUCAAACUACACAGAGCUGAGUCAGUUGUAUGACAAAUACAAACAGAAAGGUCUGGAAAUUCUGGCAUUUCCAUGCAAUCAGUUUGGGGCGCAGGAGCCUGGAAGUAAUGAACAGAUACAAGAAUUUGUGUGUACUCGUUUCAAAGCUGAGUUUCCUGUUUUUGACAAGGUUGAUGUGAAUGGUGACAAUGCUGCUCCGCUUUACAAGUUUCUAAAAUCAAGCAAAGGUGGACUCUUCGGAGAUAGUAUCAAAUGGAACUUCUCCAAGUUCCUUGUUGAUAAAGAGGGGAAUGUUGUCGAACGUUAUGCACCCACAACUUCUCCUCUGAGCAUUGAGAAGGACUUACUGAAGUUGUUGGAUGCAUGAAGCCAUGAAUGAUUGGAGCUUCCAACAAACGAGUAGUGAUUAGAAUAUUACCAUGAAUAAGAAAUGUAUUGCAGAUGUUGGUGCAAUUUCCUUUCUUUAAUGUACCGAAACAGUUGCUUCUGAACCUUCGAUGUUAGUUUAUAGUCAUGAGGUUGUGUACUUAUUACUGCUGUGUGAGUGUAAAUGUUUGCUUAUUUCAUUGUUUGCU